AUGCCCACCCCUCCAGCCGCUCUCGCGUCAGCAGGGGCUACCUCCCCGACCCCUCCCUUCAGGCCGACCAUCCUCACCCACCCCGACCCCAACUCCGCCUCGGCCUCCACCCCGAGCUCGGGCGAUUGGAUCCCCCUCCUCUCCUCUCCCGCCCACUUCCCGCUCCCCAUAUUCCUCUCCACACUGAAAGAUCUCUGCCUGCAUCCCGAACGCAACUCGUCUCUCAUCUUACGUGCCGACUCCCUCCCCCCUCGUCCCAUACCCGACUCGGACGUCCCUGAUGACUUCACCCCGGUAGAAGAGGUCCGCGUGCGCCUGAUGCCUCGUCAGCCCAAGAGGGAUGGCAAGCUCCUCCAGCGAUGUCUGUUCUUCCGGGCGGAGGAGGACCCGGCGGAGGGCAAGAAGGAGGAGGGACAGGUGUUGUAUCUGCCGGAAGUGAAGGAGAGGGGGGAGGUCCCGUUUUAUUAUCCGCCAGUGAGGGGGUUGAGGUAUAGGUGGGUCGCGGAGCCGCCAGCUCUUGACGAGAAGGAAGGGGAAGCGGACGAGGAGGAGACGAAGGAGGAGGAGCUCGGAGGGCAGGAACAAGGGGAGGUCAGAUCGGAAGAAACGAAACCGCCGCCUAUUCUCGGUACGAUCUCAAUCUCUUACCUACCCUGGCCAGAUGCCGCCCCUCCCACAUCUACGCCCCCACUCCUCUCUGCUCCUCCCAACUCCCUCUCCCCAGCCCGAUCUCUCCCGCAUCGUCGAUCCCCACUCUCCGCGCCGCCCAUCGGAGCGGACGGGGAGACGGAGCAUGAACCCGGCGCGGCCGAAGCGGACGAUAACGAGCCUGUUGCGCCUGCUGCUGUUGUGCUGGAUGCGUCGCCUCCGCCGAGCGCGGUCGUGAGCGAUGUGAAAAAGUCGACAGAGAGGAUAACGCGGAUAGCGGCUGUGCUGCUCCAGACGGUGUAUAAGCAUGGGUUCGGGCGGAUGGUGGGGUACAAGAAGAGGGUGCAUCACGAUGUCAUCGUGCAGAGGGAACCGUUCCAGGAUCUGUACCUUGUCUUGAAAGAACGGCAUCGCCACCUUGAUUCGAGAGCGCCCAAGCCGGGAAGUACAAGUACAAAAGUGGAAGAUGUCAAGCGGCAUGUAUUCAAGGAUUUUGACGUGGGCUUACCAGACGAUCCUCUCCUCCCCACCACAUCCCACUCUCAUCUACGCACUAUCGAUACCCAACUCUCUCCGGUCGACCUAUCCGAAUGGGGCCAACAGGACGUCGCGAUCGCCGCCUUCCUCAUGCUUCUCUGGAAAGACACGUAUCCUGCGCGGGAAGCGCCCCUGAGUUUGAAGGAGAGGGUGGAGGAGGACUGGGACACGUGGGGCAGGCCGCCCGGCGGCUUUGUCGAUCUAGGCUGUGGAAACGGUCUCCUCGUGCAUGUUCUCACGUCAGAGGGGUAUCACGGGAAAGGCUACGAACUGCGCAAACGACGGACAUGGCCCGCCUAUCCGCCCGAGACACAGCAAAACCUCAUCGAGCUGCCUAUUGACUUUCCGAGCUGGUUUCCUUCUACUAUGGCCGAAUGGGAGGCGGGGAGUGGGAGGGAAGGGCGGAAUCCCUGGAUCCCACUCCUCUCCCUCCUCCCGCCCACCCCAGUCCCAUUCCUCUCCCUCCCAUGCUGCGCCCACACCCUCGACUCCGCCUUCACCCCCUCCGUCUUCAAUCCGCCCCCGCACCCCCACUCGCCCUCGACGGGCUUUGACGCAGGCCUCGAGGCGGGCCAGAGCAGGUACAAGGCGUACCUGAUGUUUUUGGGUUCGGUGGGGUUGAAGUGCGGGUGGGAGUGGGAGAAGGAGGGGCUGAGGGUGCCGAGUACGCGAGGGUGGGGGAUUGUCGGAAGAAAUAGGUGGGCCAAGACGCCCGAAGAGCUACGGGAGUGUAGAGAGUACGCGCUGGGUGAGGUCAAUCAAGUGAGGGCGCGGGGGGCGUUCAAGGUCCGGGUCAAAGAAGGGAAAGAGCAUUGA